AUGAAAGCAAUGUUUAAGCAUAAGGAUUUACUUCUCCAUUCUGCUGCUUGGAAUCAGUGUAUUGUUACAGGUGUCUAUAGUACCAGGUUGCUUUACAAUGAGCUGAGAGGAGAAAGAACCUGUGUUCUAUGGAGGAACUUGAUAAGAGGUAACAGGGCUAGUCCUAGGGCCAUUUUUCUGCUGUGGAUGGCGUGUCAAAAGAGGCUGCAAACUAAAGAUAGGCUCAAGAAAAUUGGUGUGAUCAGUGAUGGCAAUUGCUUGUUUUGUGGAGACCCUGAGUCGCGUGAUCAUCUGUUCUUUGAUUGUCGUAUCACCAAUCAGUUGUGGCAUCAAGUUCUGAGUUGGAUGAAGAUAAGUCACAGGCCUCAAGGGUGGCAUCAUGAGCUGCGAUGGAUUAUUAGUAUGGCUAAUGGUAAAAGUAAUAGAGCAAAGUUAGUGAGGAUCAGUAUUGCUGAGGCUAUCUACCAUGUCUGGACCGUGAGGAACAUGAAGGUGUUUCAACCUUCUAAUGGUGGACAGUUGAGAUUACAGGAAAUCAAAGAUAGGAUUAUAAGGAGAAGUCAAAGUGAUAGGAAACUGUUGUUAUUUGUUAAUGACCUUUAG